GCUCGCCUGAAGGACACAAUCACAACUUCUGUGCAAAAAGGAAAGAAAGAAAUCCGCGCCCGAGGUCUUGCUCGGAUGGCAUUUGGAUGAAACGUCAUCGCCUUCCCAGUUGUUUUAACGUCAUUAGCUGUACACGUUUCGUGUGGUGAAGAGAAACAAAAUACAGGAUUUCCUGUUCUGCAGACACUGUACUGGGCUGCAGAUGCCGGCAGAAUUCCAGCGCUCCGAAAACAUGUGGAAGUUUAACAAGGAGUCGCCGGGGCUGGGAUCGCUGCAAAACUCGGUGGAAAAUAAAAGCAGAAAGCUCAUUCCUCCUGCUCUCUAGCAUGGAUGUCACCCCCCCGAAGGAUGGGAGUCACAGGAAGAAGCCCUUCACCCGCUUUCAUCGCCCCAUGAGCCAAGAGACUCAGCCGCGAUGGAGAGCAACACGUCCUCCGGGAACUGCACCGAUCCCCAGAUGUCCUUCCAGUCCACCCUGUACGCAACCACCUACACCCUCAUCUUCAUCCCCGGCCUGCUGGCAAACAGCGCUGCUCUGUGGGUCUUGUGCCGCUUCAUCAGCAAGAAGAGCAAAGCCGUCAUCUUCAUGAUCAACCUGGCCGUGGCCGACCUGGCUCACGUCCUCUCGCUGCCCUUACGGAUGUAUUACUACAUAAACCACACCUGGCCGUUUGGGAGUUUUCUUUGCCAGGUGUGCUUCUACCUGAAGUAUCUCAACAUGUACGCCAGCAUCUGCUUCCUCACCUGCAUCAGCAUCCAGCGGUACCUCUUCCUCCUCCACCCCUUCAAGGCCAAGGACUGGAAGCGCCGGUACGACGCAGCCAUCAGCGCUGCCGUCUGGCUCUUCGUUGGGGCGGCGUGUUUACCCCUGCUCGUGGUGAGGAGCCCAGCCUUGUCCAACAGCACCAACACGUGCUUCUCAGACCUGGGGGUGAAGCAGCUGAGCCCGGGAGCCUCCAUCGCGCUGGUGACCGUGGCGGAGCUGUUUGGGUUCGUCAUCCCCUUUGGCAUCAUCGCCUGCUGCACUUGGAAGAUGUGGCAGUCCCUGCGGGAGUGCCCGACGCCGCUGCAGAACACUAGCGAGAAGCAGAAGGCGUUGCGCAUGGUCUUGAUGUGCGCGGCCGUCUUCUUCAUCUGCUUCACCCCCUACCACAUCAACUUCCCUUUCUUCAUGAUGGUGAUAGAGAACAUCAUCCGGGACUGUGCCGUUCACAGGAGCACGCUCCGCUUCCACCCCAUCUCCCUCUGCCUGGCGAGCCUCAACUGCUGCCUGGAUCCCGUCCUCUACUACUUCAUGACCUCUGAGUUCCAGGACCAGCUUCUGCGCCACAGCUGUGCUGCCCUGCGAGCUCGGUUCACGCGCCGUGGGAGCAGCCUCUCCAUCACCGAAACCCACCACGACAUUCGUAUGAAGAAGAGAAAUUUUCCACGCUUUAAGUUCUGGUCUCUUCCCAAGUUCUUUGGCCGAAUAAACAGUAUGGAAAUCCCUCCCAUGCCACCCGAUGAGCUUCUGCUGGAGUCCAUCUCUUGAAACCGAAGCCAUUUCUGUCCAUGUAGGUGCUUCUCAUCGCUUGAGGGAAGAUUGCGUGAGGUGUCCAAAUGCAUCUUCAAUUACCCUUGUGUGCAACAGAUGCCAGGAGGAUCUGACCUAGAAGGACAUUUCAAUGCAAAAAGACUUGCUGGUUGCAUUGUUGCUGCUGGGGACUGUUUGCCUUACAGCGUUCUCCACCAUCAUAUAGAUAAAAUACCCAAAACAGCUGUUGCUGAUGCCAGUACUUCUCCCAUGCUGAACUGUAGCUGGGUUUGGGUCCCUCAUUUGUGUUGUUUCAGUGCUUCUACAUACUUGUCAUUUCUGAAAAUCCUUCUAGAUCCUGUGUUAUAAGCAGGCAACUCAGCCUCAGCACAGCUCGGGGAGGUAGCAUGGAGGAGUUUCAGCCCCGAUCGCAGCUACCUGCGGCCCUUGCCGACCUAGAGCAUCCACCAUGCUCACGUGAGGCUCUAGGUCAGGACAGUUAAUUGUCUCCAUGUAAACUAAAUCUCUUCCCAUUGCAAAAAAAAAAAAAAAUCUAGACUGCAAGGCUAUAACUCUACCAACAUGUAUCAAGCAAAGAGUAUUAACCUAUAUCCACAUCGGUGUUACAGGGAGUUUUCAAACAGACUGGGCUCAGCUCACGCUACAGAAAAAGACACCAAGAGCUGAGCAAGGGAGUCUGCCUGGCUCCCGGGAGCUACAGGAUGCUCAGAUGAUUAUGGGGGGAUAAAUACUUGGAAGACAGACUGUUACUGGAUAUGCCACGAGCAAAGGGGAGGGAUCAAGGACAUCUCCCAGGGCACAUUUACUCAGAGACCUGGCGCGAGCUGCAGCAGGGAGGACUAGUAGUUGGCAAUGCCGUCUCUUGUGUUAUUAGGAGUCUUGUGUUGUUUGGCAUUUUGCUAAAGCCUGUGGUUGCAGAUUAAGAUGUUAUCCAAGCCUCGCAGUUUUGCUUUUAAAAAAAAAAAAAAACAGAAAAGGCCCCCAGCGCUUGCUGGGUACCGAGGAAAGUUUACAAAACAGACCCAAGUGCAUCCUUAAAGCUUCAAACGUGGGAGGAAAUAAAAUGAU